AUGAAGAUCAAGACGCGAGAUACGAACUCCCGUUUCAAGAUGAAGCUAACGCAGACUGUAGGCGAAUUUCUUGGGAUUCCAGAAGAAGAGUACCACGCCACUGUCAAGAUGCCGCAGGCGAGGCUUGCUAAGAUUUGCAAGGAUCUUAGCAGCAUCGGUGAUUCUGUUGAACUUGAGAUGUCUGUGAGCAAUGAAGUUGUCAAGUUCUCCGCCAUAGGUGAAUCUGGGACUGCUAAAAUCACUUGCAGGCGCAACAUCCCCGUCGACAAGCCUGAAGAAGCUACCAGUAUAGACAUGGAGGAACUUGUUAGCCGGACCAUUAGUCUGAGCAGUAUGGCUUCGCUCGUCGCAGCCAUCCCAUCAACGAGCCAAGUGAAAAUCAACCUGUCUUCGAAUUCCCAUCUGCCGGUUGUGAUCGAGUACAGAGUUGCUGAGAUGCGUUACGUAGGGUUCUUCCGCUUGGCUUCUCACGUAGAUGUCGGAAACCUAGAAGAGUCGGAAGGUGAAAAUGAAGUGGAGGUUUGA